AUGGCUACAAGGGAUAAGUAUGGUAGUAGGCGAAAAAGUAGCACAGAAAGAUCAUCUGUAUAUGGUCUUUUAGAAGGAGUUUGUUCUAAUAUUAAAUGCUUCUUUGAAGGGUAUUUAGAAAGAGAUUGUAUUUUAAGUCAUGAAGAAAUCACGAGGUUGGGUAAUCAUAAAUAUGCUGCAUCUGACAAUUCGAUCCUUGUAAAUUUAUUCUUUAGAAAUUUUUGGGAUUGGUUGAUUGGAUUUUUCCCAUUGUGUUACAAAAUUGCUCCAAGAUAUACAUAUUUAAUAGCUGCUAUUGGUUUAUUUCUUUAUCAAACAUUAGAUGCAUUAGAUGGAAAACAGGCACGUAGAACGCAAUCUUCUUCACCACUUGGAGAACUUUUUGAUCAUGGUUGUGACUCAAUGACGCAAGUUUUUGUAACUCUUAACAUUUGUUAUGCACUUCAACUUGGAGAAUAUUUUUCUUUAGUUUUUAUAACAAAUCUUAUAUCAGUUGUUUUGUUUUAUUGUGCCCAAUGGCAGACAUAUUGUACUGGAGUUAUGAAAUUUGGAAAAUUUGAUGUUACAGAGGCACAAUGGACUGUAAUUAGUAUUCUUUUGUUAACGGCUUUCUUUGGACCACAAAUUUGGACAUAUCAUAUAUUUGGCCUUCCUUUAAAAUUUUAUUGCAUUUGUAGUUCAUCAUUUUUGGCAAUAAUUCAAUUUUUGGGAUAUAUGAAAGGAGUUUUUACGGAGGGUGUUGGAAAAAAUGGUAGUACUGUUGCUGGGACUUCAGUAUUAUUUCCAGUUUGUCCUUUACUCGCAGCAUGUGUUCCAUUUUGGAUGGUUUAUUUUAAAUCAACAACAGGUGUCUUUGAAGAUAAUAUAACGUUAUUUGUUUUGUGUUUUGGUGCAGUUGGAGCUAAAGCUACUAAUAGAUUAGUAAUUGCUCACAUGAGUAAAAGUGAAUUAGAAAAUAGUGAAAUUCAUGAUAAUAUAGAAAGUAAUGAUCUAUCAACAAGUCAUGUAAAAGUACUAAAAGUUGAAUGGCAUCAUGUUAAUAGUCCUUAUCUUAUUGGAUUAUGGCUUAUUUUAACUAGCCUAGCUAAAGUUAUGUUUUCAAGAUCUAAACGUUUAACUGAAAUAUUUCCAGAGUCAGCCUUACUUAUUGUUGUUGGAUUGAUUGUUGGUCAUUUACUUAAUUUGUACAAUGUUGAAGCAGAUAGUUUUAAACUUGAAAGUACUGUUUUCUUCUUAUAUUUACUUCCUCCAAUUAUUUUUGAUGCAGGAUAUUGUAUGCCAAAUAGGGAACUUUUUGAAAAUAUUGGUUCUGUAACAUUAUUUGCUAUAAUGGGUACAAUUUUUAAUACUAUUCUUAUUUCGACUUCUUUAUAUGUCUGUGGACAAUUUGAUUUUUUUAGUGUUAAAUUUACAUUUGUUGAAAUUUGCCUUUUUGCAGCACUAAUUUCUGCUGUAGAUCCUGUUGCUGUAAUUGCAAUAUUUGAAGAAAUUCAUAUAAAUGAACUUUUAUUUACAAAUUUAUUUUGUGAAGCAUUAUUUAAUGAUGGUGUAACAGUUGUUAUAUAUCAAGUUUUUAAACAAUUUCAUUCAAUUGGUGUUAAUAAUCUUAAUGGUACAGAUUUUAUUCUUGGUGGACUUUCUUUUCCUGUUAUUGCAUUAGGUGGUGUAUUAAUAGUCAAAUUAAGAGUUCUCCAACCUGUAUUUAUUUUUACAUUUCCAUAUCUUUCAUAUUUAACAGCUGAAAUGUUUGGUUUAUCAUCAAUUUUAGCUAUUGUUGCUUGUGGAAUUGUUAUGAAACAAUAUAUAAAAGAAAAUAUAUCACAAACUGUUGAAAGUAGUGUAAAAUAUAUAACAAAAAUUCUUGCUCAAAAUUCAGAAGCAGUCAUUUUCUUAUUUUUAGGACUUUCAACUUUAUCAAAUAUGCAUCAUUGGGAUACUGUAUUUGUAAUAUUAACAAUAAUAUUUUGUUCAUUAUAUAGAGUUAUUGGAGUUGUACUUCAAUGUACAAUAUUAAAUAAAUUUAGAAAAAAACAAUUUACAAAAGUAGAUCAAUUUGUAUUAAGUUUCUCUGGUUUAAGAGGAGCUAUUGCUUAUGGUUUAGCAACAAGUUUACCUGAUAAUAUUCCAGCUAAAGGUGUAUUCUUAAGUUGUGCUAUUGCUGUAAUUUAUUUUACAGUAUUUUUUCAAGGAAUUGCUAUUAAACCACUUUUAUUAUGGCUUAAAGUUGAAAAAGCAGAAAAUAGAUCAUUAACUAUGCUUGAAACAGUUUAUGGUAAAUAUUUUGAUUUUACUAUUACUGGAAUUGAAGAUAUUGCUGGUCAAAAGGGUAUAAAUAGUUUAAGAGAUUUUUAUGAAAGAUUUAAUGCACGAAUAUUAAAACCAGCAUUAGUUAAAGGACAAAAUAAGACAAAAAUUGAUGUAUCAAAAAUAAUUAGAGCAUACUAUAAAAUAAGUUAUAAUGAAGCACUAGAAUUAGUCAAACCAGCAAUCAUACAAUCAAGUGAUAUUAAAAAAAAUGAAGAAAAUAAUGAGGAGGUAAAUAAAGAAUCAAGGACAUCAUUUGUCAAAUUUACAAACAACCUACAACCUCUUUCAUCAUCUCAGGGUGAUGAAUCAUUUCAGAAAAAAGAUGAAAAAACUCCUGUUUCAAUAUUACAGGUACCAACACCAUUAUCUACUGGUAAUGUUGAUGAAAAUGGUAUACCAGAAUAUAUUUAUAAUUUAUUUAAUAAAUUAUUAGAAAAAAAACUUAAUGAGGUAAUUGAAAGAAAAAUGUCUAAUGUUAAUAAAAAAAUGGAUUAUGAAGAGGAAGUUCAGGAUGAUUAUUUUAUACAAAAUAUGAUUAGAAAUCAACAUUUAUCUAGAGAAAAUAUUGCUAAUAGUAAAGAAGAUCUUAGAGUGAUAAAAGCAUCACAGGCGGCUAUUGCAGAAACUAAAAACAAAGCUGAUGAAUUUGUUUGCAAUAGAUUUCGACGGACCUCUGUUCCAGAUUUUAGAAAAUAUUCAUAA